AUGUGUGCCACGCCCCCCUGCUUACCCACGUGUUCGUUCCUGAUCGUACCCAGCUGUGUCCGUUUAUUUUGAUUAGUCUUUGUGCAUUUAAGUCCUGGUCUGACCUGUUCCCGUUGUCUGUCAUUGACGUUACCUGCCGUUUGUCCUUGCCUGCGUUUCCGUCCUGUUCCUUAUCCCUAUUAAACCCUCGUUUGCCCCGUUACCGCCUUCCUGCCUGGUCCUUCCUGCCCACCUGCCUCACCCGUAUUCUAGUAUCGUGACAGAAUGACAGACCCUCAAAAGAAGAAGAGGAAGCAGAGGAAAAGCAAGACUCCAGAGGAAUCGCUUUGUCUGGGUGCCUGCUCGCUUGUCAGCCAGGGGCUUCCCUCCGUAAUCCAGGAGGGAGAGCUCGUCCCCUGCUCAGCCCAGGAACCGCUCAGUCUGGGAGCCAGCUCCUUGGCCAGGCUUUGGGGCUCCGGUGAGGACGAAGGAGAGGAGCCCUUCCUAAUCCUAGACCCGAAGCCCUUUUUCCCAGACCAUCAACCGCCCUUCGAGCGAUAUUCUUUCCGACCGGAGCAUCUGGACAAUUGGGGAGGACUCUACUGGAGGGUGAUCGAGGACCCGGCCACUCUAGUGGGUCCCAAGGCGGAACUACUCAAAGCCAAACUCCAGAGGGGCUUCGAGGAGUUCUCUCCCGCUUCGGAGCGGGUCGACCUCGAACGUCUCGGGGCGGACCUGCAGGAGCUACUCCAGCUCCGGAGGACUCCGGACCCCGCACCGGAGCAAUCGCCUCUACCGGCGAUUCCAUCAUCCCCGCAAUCACCUCCGCUGCCUACGCAGCCGCAUCCUCUGCCGCCUGCUGCACCCGAGCAGGCACUUCCUCCACCAGCGGACCAGGCUCCCGAACAGGCGCAGCCGCUUCCGCUGCCGGCGCAGCCGCCUUUGCUGUCAGCGCAGUUGUCGCCGCCGCCGCCUGCUGCUCCAGAGCAGGCGCUUCCCUUGCCUGUGGUCCCUAAGACUCCUGAUCCGGACCUCACUCCUAUCCCUCUGGCCCCAGUUCCCGAGGAGGUCCCAAGGGACUCCAUCGAAGCUCCUCCCUCUACGGAGGAGGAGGAGCUUGAAUGGGACCCCUCGGGGACCUUGCUGACAACCCCGUCACCUUCACCCCGACGAGCCCGACCCCGGUUGCGGGUCCUCAUGGGGCGCCUGCGGGACCUGGUCCGCCGGCUCGGCUCUCGCCUGCAGGUUCCCCUUCGCGACUUCGUCGCCUGGCCUCGCUCCCUCCGCCGGUUCCUCGGCGGUCGCCUACGGGUUCCCCGAGGGCGGCGCCUCCGUCGCUUGCGGAUCUUCCCGCUCCGCUCCCUCCUUGGCCCCUUCCUCGGUCCCUCGUUCUGUCUCCUCGGCCCCUCCGGGGUCCCUUCCGGCUCCGACCUCCCGGCCGUCUGCGGUCCCUCCGGCCGCCUCCCGUCGCCCGCUGGGGCUCCGGAGCUGGAGUAG